GCGAUACUACACGCUCCCUCGCGCUCUCGGGGUACCAGUGGCUCGCGUCCCCACCCCGCGCAAUCAUACCAUUUGUUGCUUAAACCUGUAGAUAAGUAGAUGUUUCAGAUUGAAAUAGAUAACAUAAAUAAUCACAAAAAAUCGCGAGAAGAAAGGUGGAUGUCAUUUGUGGUAUUUUGAUAUUUGAGACGAAGGAGAGAGAGAGAGAGAGAACUCGAGGAACCAAAAAUAUAUGUAUAUAUUUUUCUUCAUGUAAACUUCUUACUUUUUCGAGGGGAGGCACAACAGUUUCGUACUCAUUAUUCUAAGGCACGUGUCACCCUGAAGACGCACAGAUCUGUAACAAUGUCAAGUGGACAAGUGGAGAUGCUGAUGAUGCUCCUGCUAGUAUGGGCUGUGAGGGCUUCAGACGGCACGACAGAGGAGCCAGCCGACGCAGAGGGAGACUUCAGCAUCACACUCGACCUCGAGAACCCUGAGGUGGCUCUCGACCCCCCUGAGACUCACCAGGUGGCGUCCCCGGGGAGGGUGUCGGCCACGCAGCCUUACAUAGACCCUGCUACCCCCCUGCAAGUGAAGGCGUACGUGGGCAUCACCGCUUCCAUACCAUGCAUCGUCAACAACCUCGGGCAACGCUCAGUAUCCUGGGUCCGCCACCGCGAACAUCCACGUCCUGACCGUCGGCCGUUUCACCUUCACCAACGAUGACCGGUUCGUCGCCUUGCACGAGGAUGGGAGCAACGCCUGGAUUCUGAGCCUGAG